AUGGUGAACUCCAAGAAGAUUAUUGAGAUGGCGAAGAAAUGGCAAAAGGUGGCUUCAUUGGGCAAAAGUGCCUCCUCAUCGCAGACCGGUGCUCAACUACAUUCUGAUGCUUGCAGUACAUCGGUAGCAGAGAAAGGUCACUUCAUUGUAUAUACCUCGGAUUCGAAAAGGUUCAUGGUUCCUUUGAGAUUUCUGGGGAGUGUUAUCUUUGUAGAACUCUUGAAGAUGUCUGAAGAUGAGCUUGGACUACCAAGAUAUGGUCCUAUUCUAUUGCCUUGUGACUCAGUGUUCAUGGAUGAUGAUGGAUCUCUAUGUGUUUCGUUCUUGCAUGAAAAAUUGGAUUUAGCACAUUUUCUCUUAUGUAGUGAUGAUGGAUCUCUAUGUGUUUCGUUCUUGCAUGAAAAAUUGGAUUCUCUGCCAAACGAAUUGCCGAAUGAUUGUUACAGUACAACGGAACUGUAUAAUCUACUAGUUGAUGUAGAUUGUUCAUUAGUUGUAUCAACCGUGUACUCUCUUGAGCUACCAUUGCUGCUGCUCGAUACUCAGCUUCAGUGA